GAAGAGUCAGACUGUAGGAGGAAAAGUUAACACUUUCCUUUGAUCCAAACUUCUGCCUCUAUAUAUAACCUGCAGACAGGGCACUGUCAGAAAAGUUAUAGACAGCCACUGCUUAACACUGAACGUACAGCUCAAGCGAUAUCAAGGAUUAAGACUGCUCAGUAGAGGGGGAAAAAAAUACAAUGUCCCAAGUGAUCCCAAACCAUGUUUUACGAGUUGGACAGACUGUCUGUAUGGCACCUACAGAUGAAACUAAUAGCUUCAGACAAGUUGUUCAUCCAAAAGGGAUCUCAAUUACCUCUAAAUGUUCCUACUACACCUCAGAGAGCUAUGUUGGACAGAUGACGUCACAAGUAAAUGGUCACAGGUUGGCUGACACCAUUCCUUAUUGCAGACAUGAAUCUGUGAAGGUCCCACAGCCUUCAUUAGGAAAUAGUGGUAUUAAAUCAAUGAAUGUAAAGAAACCACCAGAGGCUGAGGUCUGCAAUGGAGGAGACCCUUUAUCCCCAUCACUGGACAUUUCCAUAGACAAUCUGAACCAGCUGAUUUUGCAGUUGGAUCCAACUUUCCAACCCUUGCCUGUCAACUCAGACUUGAAUAAGAAAAAUCGUGACCCUUCCCCUUGUAGACCAGUGACUACCAAGAUCACCAGUCCUCCAGAGGUAAAGUGUAUUGGAGUAAAUCCACCAAGAGUGGUUUGUCAUCAUGAAAAUAUACAAAGACCUUCCAGUCCUACCCCAAGAGUUGAGGGCAUCUUGAUUGCUCGUGGAACGGAAUCAGAAAACAUCAGCCCCAGUGGAAGCCUUAUUUUUAGUGAGCCACGGUCACAUACAUCUCAUGACCAUUAUCAACACCCAUCAAAUACAGGAUUCUACCAAGCCACAGAGACCAUUGCCAUCCCACGUCAAAGGUCAAAUCAGCAAAAUCAGUUUAUAUCUACAUCAUAUGGCUCAGAUAACACAUACCAUACAAGACCAUCAUUCUGCACCAGGGAGGCCUCCAACUUGUCCACCAGCCCUGGGUCAGACACCAGUUAUAUUUUGGGAAGCACCCACUCUCUCCAGUAUGAUGAUACUGAUGGUCACUUCAAUUCAAGGUUGUCAGAAAGUUCUUUUGGUUCUCAAGGUUCGUUUUCUAAUUUACAUAGCCCUGUGAUCAUGUCACCAGCCACACCUAUAAAUCACAAAGGCAGUUUUGGCCAUUUCAAGACAUCUUCUACAAAGAGCCAUGCCAGCAGUUGCCCACCAUCUGUCAACAACUCCACUAUGGACAUCCCUAUCCUUCUUGUCAAUGGGUGUCAAUUCCCAGAAAAUGAGGACAUCUCUCCAAAAUCUGUUAGACAGUUGUCGAGUGGACACAAGCAAAGAGCAUCUUCAGGUUUCAACAAAACCUCAUCAGAAUCCUCAAUCCCAACAUGUACCGAUGGUAGAAAAAAGGAUGGACAGCCUGGCAUGAAGUUUGUUAUGGACACAUCCAAGCAAUGGUUUAAACCCAACUUGACAAGAGACCAAGCCAUUGAGUUACUGAAAGACAAAGAGCCUGGAACAUUCAUCAUUCGAGACAGCACCUCAUACCGUGGAUGCUUUGGUUUAGCUGUGAAGGUUCCAGGAACGCCAUUAAACACAGGUAAUGUGACUAAUGAACUCGUCCGACAUUUUCUUAUUGAAUCAUCUUCAAAAGGUGUCCACGUGAAAGGAGCCUCAGAGGAACCAUAUUUUGGAAGUCUCUCUGCAUUGGUAUAUCAGCACACCAUCACCCCCUUAUCAUUACCAUGCAAGCUGCUCAUUCCAUUUAGAGCUCAAAAUGAUUGUGACAGCAGCCCAGAUUUUUCUCCUGAGCGUGCUUGUGAAUUCAAGACUUCAGCAGCAUGCAACGUCUUGUAUCUGAACUCGAUCAGCACAGAGACCCUGACAGGAUCCAGCGCUAUCCAGAAAUCUGUGACUACCACUCUUGAAAGGGCAGAUGACAUUGUCCCAACUAUUGUGAACUUCAAAGCCUCAGACCAAGGAGUCACCUUGACUGAUGUCCAGCGCAAAGUAUUUUUCAGACGUCACUAUCCUGCGCCAACCCUCAGCUUUUGCAGUGUGGAUCCCGAGCACAGGAAGUGGCAGAAACAGUGCAGACCUUCUAGGAUUUUUGCUUUUGUGGCUAAGAAUCCAACGGAUCCUUCAGACAACGUGUGCCAUGUGUUUGCUGAGUAUGACGCCAUUCAACCUGCCUCACCACUGAUUAGUUAUCUGACAAACUUGAUACAGCAGCAGGAGAGGGUGUAAUUCCUGCCUCCUCCACCAGAGGUGUUGCCAUUGCUUAUAUCCAGGGCUAUCCGUAUAUUACUAAAGAACUGAAAAAUAUGGUAUCCAAAACGUUGUGGAUACUGGACCUGGCCUGCUGAUCUUCAGGACUACUCAUCUAUAGUUGCUAGUCUAUGAACUUUUAUAAUAUCUUUAUUUAUGGUUGCGUAUAGUGGAAGCUAUCAUACAUGGAGUGAACCAACAGUCCUACAGUUUGGAAGUUGGAGAUAUCACUUUCUGUUUUAUGGUAAUGUGAUGGAACUGUUUUGUGGGCCUGAAUGUUUCUCUUCACUGUAGAGAAUUUUAAGGCACACAUUUAAUUUGGUAUAAUUGUGAAUGAAAAAUUUUUACAAAAGAAAAAAUUAUAUAUAUAUAUAUAUAUAUAUAUAUAUAUAUAUAUAUAGUAUUGUAGGAGACACUGGCUAUAUGUUCAAGAAACUAGAGGAGCACAUAGUACUUAUCAUGUAUAAAAGUGUAGGAACAACACAAUAGUUUGGCCCAUGGCAGCCAUCAAUGGUUCCUCGUCGGUUCAUCUCAUCUGGGUUGAGAUCUUAUUGGUUGCCAUAGACAACACAUUUUUAAAAGGGUUUUAUCUUUACAUUAAUACUUAAGUAUUGUAGAAGCAAUGUACGGUCUUCUCAUAGCAGGAUUUUUUUUAAAGGGAUAGUUACAGUAUUUGAAGGGUUUGUACAAAAGCUAAAGUACAAUGUAGAACAAAAGUGUUGUCUGCUUUACACAAAUUCUUCUUAAGAUGCCGUGACCCAUGUUUUAGUUUGGUGUUGUACAGAGUUGUAAUAGGGCAGCUAUAGAGGAGCAUGGGGUUUCACUGUACCACAUAAGAAGAACCCCACAUGCUGUAAUAUAGAGUUAUCCCAAAGCCUCUAGGGAUGAAUAUCUCUGAGAUAUGGAGCAUCAUAUGGUGGUGCAUCAUAUGGUGGUCUGUGUGUAGCCUCCAAAUACAUCUACCGACUCGGCUGGCCUGGCAGCUCUCUCCCUAUUUGCGUAUAGGGAUUAAUCCUUCAAACUAGCUGGGUGGGGAAAAGCUGGCUCUUUUUGAAACUUUUUGAAAGUAAUACAUAAUUGUUUGUAACCAGGGAGCUUGUCUGGAUUUCGUGCUGCCCAUGGUUCAGGCAUCACGAAUCUCCUGACAGGUUCCCUUUAAGAGACUUGCUUAUCAUUUUUAUAUUUUAUUUGCCUCCAUGCACUUUGUCCAUGUUGGACUGGAUUUAUAUUAUUUAUAUUUUUGUAUUCUGUAAAAUAUUUUUAAAGCUUUAAUUAAAACAUUAUUUCAUCCAUGUGAAUGAUUGUAUAUAUUGUAGGGCCAAUAAAUUCAUACCUAGAAAGCUUAGGGCCUCUGCCUACCUACCUGCCAUGUUUGGAGGUCCAAAUUAUCUCAUUGUUUUCAUUUUCAUGUCUACUGCAUAGACCUGUACUGAGUAAUCACUGGUUACUAAUCAUGUAUUAAACUGCUAUAGUUUA